UUGAAUCAUAAUGCACAGGAAGAGAAAGUGAUUUAUUAAGAAAAGGCUACAAAAUUACCUAGCUUCAAUACUUAAAAAUGCAGUGGAAUCUGAAUUCAGAAAGUGAAUUGGAAAGAAAGACUUUCAAAUACUUUAGUUAAUGCAGAUUUUGUAAGCCACAAUAAAGCAACAGUAUUCACAAAGACUUAGUUUUCUACUUUCCCAUUCUCAAUGUCAAUUUUUAAUCAAGAAGGGCCUGUGCCCGAAACGUCGAAUCUCCUGUUCCCUGGAUGCUGCCUGACCUGCUGUGCUGUUCCAGCAAUAAAGUUGCAACUUUGAUCUCCAGCAUCUGCAGACCUCACUUUCUCCCCCAGGAUUUCCAGACUUUCGGUGACUGUGUCAUUAAGAAGGGCAAGCAGCCAAUCAAAUUGGUGUAUUCUAUUAGCACCAGGAAAUAAAUGCAUUGUUAUUUUUGAUCAAAGUUUAGAAAGUGAAAUUAAUGAUUAAGGGAGGGUUAAAAUAUUAAAUGUUGCAAAGACUUUGUAAAACAAAUACAUAUUUCAAAUUUGCAAAAAGUGACAUUCUGCAAAUAUGAAUAAUAGUAUUUUGAGGAUAAUAUUUAAAAAGCCAGUCAUGUAUUCAACAAUGUCCAACUUUCUCAAUUUUUCUCAAUCCAGGUCGUCAUCUGCUAGGAGUUUAGCAGGUAGCAUUUGAAGUCAGGCCUCCUGGUUCAAAGGUAGGUACAUUACCACUGUAGUCCCCAAAAUUUUGUUUCCCAGUUCAAAACAUCCUUUGGUAUGAUAGCAUCUCAAUCCUUUAAUCAAAGGAAAUAUCUAUGAUACGUCUAUGGAAUAGCAUGGACUUGAACCCGGACCUCCUGUUUCAGAGGGAGGGACACUAACAUUAUGCCCUCGAGCCCUCGACGUUGAGACUUGAUGACGCAUUUCGCCUAAUUCAUGAAUAAUGCUAAUCGUUACUAUGCAAAUGACGUGCAGCUUCAUGAAUAAUGCAUGAGUAUGCAGAUAAGCACAUAUCCCCUUUGGAGCGUGGCGGCCUCUCUCUCUAACAGACCGAGUGUUGUCAUCAUGGCGACAGGAGAGUACUGAGCGGUGAGGGUUUAGGCUGCUAAAGUUCCCGCUUCCUUUCCUUUGGUCGCUCGACAUUCCCUGUUCUUUUCGACAAUUAUUUUGGUCUCGAUGCGGCUGUGACCACAAUGGCCGAGGUAACAUCGCCGCUGAUGGAGAUGGAGGCGGGGAGGCGGGUUCCAUGUGCGGCGGGGUUGCUGGCCGAAGCUAGCAGCCCGGGCCCCGGCGCCGCUCAGACGGUGGAGCCGCUCUCCCCGCAGCCGAAGCCUGGCUCCGGAUGCGGCUCGAGCUCGGCGGUUACAGGGAGAGGGGUGCGCGUCUUAAAGAGGAACAUGAAGCGCAAUGCCAGCAGGAGCUGCCUGGGAAAGAAGAGUAGUCUGGGUGUACGAGAGAAAGAAUGGCUCAAAGGAGAUGUAAGAAGAGGAUGUAUAUAUAUUCAUGGAAAAGAGAUGGUGUCAUCAAAUGCUGCAACUUCCACCUCUUCCCAGGGUGCAUUACUAUCAUCAUUAUCAUGCUCGUCUUCAUCAUCAUCUGGUCCGGACCUGCAGCUGGUACUCUGCAGUACUGAAACCACUACAACAGAGCUGUGUACUCAGGAUAAGGAUGAUCUCUACCUGCAACUCCAUGGUGAUCUCAUCAGGAGAAUGAAUCCUGAUGAGCGACCUCUGCAAAUCCUUUACGAUUAUCUUACUGGAUUAGGUUUCCAGGAUCCAGUACGGAUACAAGAGGAAGGAGCCAUGGCUGAUCUGACCUGCAUGAUUAGAUACUUUCAUGGGAAACCAAGCAGCAUAGAACAGCUCGAUCGGAUCCUUCUUUCUGGUGUAUUUAGUGUUCGGAAAGGCAAGACUCAGUUGCACAAGUGGUCAGAACGUCAAGUCAUUCUCUGUGGUACCUGCUUAAUUGUGUCUUCAGUGAAGGAGUGCCAGAUGGGAAAAAUGCACGUUCUUCCUCUUACUGGAGGCAAGGUGGAAGAAGUAAAGAGAAGACAAUACUGCCUUAUGUUCAGCUCUGCUGGGCAACAAGGGCAAACAUACUAUGUCAUCUUUGAUUCAUACCCAGAAUACCUACGAUGGCUCAGACAAGCUUCCAAGGUUGUCUCUCAGAGAAUUGGUACAGUUGAUCUGUCAUGUUAUAGCCUAGAAGAGCUUCCUGAGUAUCUCUUUUUCAGUCAAGAUAUCACACAUCUCAAUCUACGGCAUAAUUUUAUGCAGGCAGAUGCUGGACUCUGCAAUCUUAACAGGUUUACUCAGCUAAAAAGCUUGAACCUGUCGAAUAAUAAACUGACAACAUUUCCAGCAUCCUUAUGUGAAAUCUCAACUCUUACUGAAGUCAACCUCUCCUGUAACAGGAUUCAAAAUAUCCCUGAGGAGAUUGGGAAUUUGCAAAAUCUUCAGACUUUCAUUCUGGAUGGGAAUUGUCUUCAAGGUUUGCCUUCAGAAUUGGGAAAUGUACAACAGCUUACCCAUCUUGGCUUGUCCUUCAAUGACUUCACUGUGAUCCCAGCAGUGUGUGAAAUUUUAACAGCCAUGGAUAAGCUCUGCAUGGCUGGAAACCAUUUGCAGAUGUUGGUAUUGGAAACACUGGGACGAAUGACUCACAUUAAGCACCUGGACCUCAGGUUGAAUUCAAUUAAGACUGUAAUAAUGGACAGCCUAGAAGCUAUUAAUCAUGUAACUUACCUGGAUUUACGAGACAAUCUGCUGACUGAACUUGAUUUAAGUGUAAUUGCGAGUAUUGAACAUCUGCAUUGUGAGCGCAACAAUCUGACCACUCUCACAUUAAGUGGAUUCUCUUUGAGGACAUUGUAUGCUGGUUCCAACCAAUUGACAACACUGAGCAUCUAUCCACUUCCUGGUCAACUGGUUCAUCUUGAUCUCUCCAGGAACAAACUAGAAUCCGUGCCUGACUGGGUAUGUGAUGCUAAGAAACUUGAGCUGCUGGAUGUCAGUCAUAACCUGAUUGCAGAAUUACCUAUGAGAUUACUCUGCAGCUUGAGCCUUCAGAAGUUAUUCGUUGGGCACAACCAUCUUCAGAGUCUCCCCAGUCACCUGGAGCACACACCCCUGGAAGUUUUUGAUGUACAACAUAAUCAACUAAGUGACCUUCCAGAGUUACUUUUCCUCAAGGCUUUGAACUUGCGAUGUCUCAAUGUAUCUGCAAAUAACCUGGAAUCACUGCCUCCUAGCAGUGAAAUUGAAGACAGUCUCAGUGUGUUGCAAGAACUUUAUCUAACGGGAAACAAUCUGACUGAUAAAUGUGUCCCAGUGCUGACUGGGCACCCACGUCUUCGGGUCCUUCAUAUGGCUUACAACCAACUUCAAUCAUUUCCAGCCAGUAAGCUGUCAAAGUUGGAGCUACUAGAGGAACUGAAUCUAAGUGGAAACAAGCUGAAAGCUGUUCCUACCACCAUCACAAAUUGCAAGCGAUUGCACACACUCAUCGUUCACUCCAACAGUAUUGCUGUCUUUCCAGAGAUCCUGCAUUUACCAGAAAUUAAGUUAGUUGAUCUAAGCUGUAAUGAACUUACAGAGAUCUUGAUGCCUGAGACCCUGCCAGCCACUUUGCAAGAGCUGGACUUGGCUGGCAACACAAAUCUUGUCCUUGAUCACAAGACCCUGGAGAUAUUUAGUCAUAUCACCACCUUGAAAAUUGAUCCGAAACCUACUGUGCAGACAAGCGAUCCAGCCAGCGCUCCAGCAUUCUGGAGUCAUGGCUAUUCUGAAAUGGCAGGACACAGAAAUAAACUCUGCCUUUCAGUUCUUGCCCUAGAUAGCUUUGGAGAUAACCUCGAAGCAUUAUAUGGUGUUUUUGAUGGUGACAGAAAUUUGGAAAUCCCUCGCUUACUGCAGUGCACUGUGGGAGACGUGUUGGCAGAAGAAUUGCAGCAAUCCAAUGUGGACAGUGUCUACAUGACUCAUACAUUCCUUGUCUCUCACAGAAAACUUGGAAUGGUGGGGCAGAAGCUAGGUUCUUCAGCUGUUUUAUGUCACAUUCGCCGCGAUCCAAGUGACCACAGCAGCUACUUCACUCUUACUGUGGCCAAUGUGGGUAAUAGCCAAGUGGUGUUAUGCAGAGAUGGACAGCCAUUGCCACUCUCAAAAGUGUUCAGUCUUGAACAGUGUGUUGAAGAACUGGAAAGAGUGAAACAGCAAAAAGCCAUUAUAACUGAGGACAAUAAAGUAAAUGGUGUUACUUGUUGUACACGUCUAUUGGGCAGCACGUACCUUUUCCCAUGGAUCCUUCCAAGACCUCACGUUCACACUAUAUCACUUGCUGCUCAAGAUGAAUUUCUUAUCUUAGGCAACAAGACGCUAUGGGAAUAUUUGUCCUAUGCUGAGGCAAUUGAAGCUGUUCGGAAUGUUCCUGAUCCUUUAGCUGCAGCUAAAAAACUUUGCACACUUGCCCAGAGCUACGGUUGCCAUGACAAUGUUGGAGCUGUUGUAGUAUACUUGAGCAUUGGGGACGAUAAUUGUACAUGUGAAGUACAUGGAGUUUCUAUACCUAGUCCAGGCGUAUUUGCCCCUGUUAACAUGAUAGUAAAAGAUAGUACUCACUAUUCUGUCACCCCUUCAUCAAGUAGUGGCAUAGCAUCUGAAUUUAACAGUGAGAUGUCUGCUUCUGAAGUGAGCAGUGAAGUGGGAUCUACAGCAUCAGAUGAGCAACCAGCUGCAAGUCUGGAGGGUGGUGUACUUGCUCGGUCUGAACGUCGUUGUAGCCUCCAUCCAAGCUCUUCCACUAGUGUUUUCCAGCGGCAACUUUCCAGUGCAACAUUCUCCAGCAACCAUUCAGAUAACGGCCUUGAUAGUGACGAUGAUCAACCAGUAGAAGGAGUAAUCUCUAAUGGCAGCAAACUGGAAGUAGAGGUGGAUAUCCAUUGUUUCCAGUUCAAAGUUCCAGGAAACUCCAUUAUUUCACAAGCCCGUGAUGAGGGAUUGUUUGUUAGCAUGUCUGAGGAUGAUAGUCCAGGAACUUAUUUAAAAGUGCAGAGACAAAAUGGUAUGAACAGUGGAUCAUUGUCAAUGAUUAAUAAGGAAGGAAAUGACUUGAAGAAGUCCUCAUCUGCAUCGAACCUACAAGCAAAGAAAUUUUCAAAUGGCUCUGUGGUCCCUCUUGAAAAAAGUCACAACAUUAUUGAAGUGGCUACAGAGGCACCAAAGAAAAAAUGUGGAUAUUUUGCAGCACCUGCACAACCAGAUCCAGAAGACCAAUUAAUUGUGCCACCAGAUCUGGAAGAGGAGGUAAAAGAGCAAAUGAAACAGCAUGAUCCUGUUUCAGAAGCCGAAUCUGAAAGAGACAAUAGAUUUACCCAUCAGGAGGUCUACGACACGGCUCUGUAGCAGUCUUCCGGUGUUGGAAUGUCUGCUGUUCAGGCGUUGUCAAAAUGAGGGUUAGGAUAAUACAAUAUUAGAUAUCUCUUGUACAAAAGAUAAUCAUGCCAACUCUAAGGAAUGUUAUUUAAAUUGUACAUAAGUCAAAAUAGAUUCAAAAUGCUUCAGCAUAUGUCAAACCAAAAUCAACUGUGUGAUAUUGGCAAUGAACUCAUAAGAUUUUUAAGUUAUCUUAUGUUCAUUUUGGGAUUUUGUUUUUAAAUUAAGCUGCGUUAUUCUUCUUGUGACAUGAACAAGUUGUAUUUAAAAUGGUAAAAGCUCUAUGGCAUCUAACUUUACAUACUACCGCCUGUGUAAAAUGUUUACAAAGCUUUUUCAAUUAAAUGGACUGCAACGAAGUACAUUUUGACAGUUUAAAAAUAAUAGCAGCAUUUCUAAGUAGGUUAAUACAAUUUCAAUGGUUUCAAGUUUUAUUGCACUGACCAAAUUUUCCUUGUUUUAAAAUCUGACAACCUAAAAUCUCUGUUUUUAAAUCAGUAGUACAAAAAGCAAAGCGACUGUUUAAAAAAACCUCAGUUUUUUUGAGACACAGUCAGGUUUGCAUGGUUAUGUCUGCUCUAUUUAUAAUCUUUGCUGCUAAGCACUCCAAAUAGUCAGGUGUCUAAUAAAGGCUUGCACCCAGUUUGAGCAAUGCAACCUUUCAGGCAUCCUUGUUUAAGAAAUAUGAUCUUAGAGUUAAGUGAAAUUAUAUUUCUAUUUAAAGUGACAGUAAUACUGUUGCUUUAAAUUUUAAAUUGCAAACUUGAUGCAAUUACAAAGAAAAUUAUGAGUGAAAGUUGCCUUCAGACAGUGUUGUGCUUUAUGAAAACUGCUGCAGGUAUCUGUCUUUCUGUUGCAAUGAAUCCCAUCUGAAUUUUACUUGUGCUGACAAACUUAAUAGAUAAAUACAUUCUGAAUUGUGAUUAUUGGUAAGAUUUUAGCUAUUUCAUAUUUAAUUUCCAUGUUUAUAAAAAUGUGUUUUCUGAAAUUCGUUUUCCAUAAUUGUGUGUGUGUCAGGAAAUCUGUAGGUCUACUCAGAGGAUUAGACACAUGUGCUUUGUCUAUUUAUGAAUACAUUUCAUAAUUUCUGAAACAUUGGUUUUAAAAGGGAGGAAACUGAUGAACAUUAUUACUUGUAAAGGAACACUAAGUGAAUUAGAUCUUUUGACUGCUUGGAAUGAUAUCAAGCAAAUUAAUUUAACUGCCACAAUGUGAUUCUUUUACUAAUUGCCUUGCAUUGAUCAAAUUAAAAGUAGAAUUUAGUUUGGUUCUAAUUUUGUUUUGUUAUCCUCUGGCAGGGAUUUUUGUUCAUGAAGUGGCAGAGUAAUAUAAAUGAGUUGGAGUUACUUUAGAUUAAGGCUAAAUAACCUGGCUGAUGCAAGGGAUGUAUAGAGGUUCCUCUGCAUAAUAAGAAUAAAAGAAAAUUGUUAAGAAAAUAAAUCGAAAAUUUGUAGAGUACAGUGCUAAGGCAUUCUAAUGUCUUGCUAGCUAAUCUCUCAGUGGGGAAAGAUGAGCAAGACUGAACAAGAGUAAAUAGGAAAGGGGGCAGGAUGUUUAAAGGGAUUUGAAUGAAGAAUUGGCCAUAAUUCAGAUUUUUGAGUAUUUACUUUAGUAAUGAGCUUCAGUAAAGGUAGAAGUCCCACAGCUGGAAGAAAAUUUUUGUUUGACCCAAAUCAAAGAGUAAAAGUUUUAAAUUCAUAAGCACCAACAUCUUGGUCCCGUUUGGUUGCAGGGUCCCAAGGCGUAAGAUGAGGUGUUCUUCCUCGGGUGGGUAGGGUUUGGCGAUGGAGGAGGCCUAAGACCUGCGUGUCCAUGGUGAACUGAGAGGGGAUGUUAAAGUGUUCGGCCACAGGGCAGUGGGGUUAGUUGGUGUGAGUGUCCCAGGCAUGUUCUCUGAUCAAUGUGGAUUUCGCCAGUUUCCUCUUUUCCUCUCCCCCCACCUUAUCACGGUCCCAAGCCUCCAACACGUCUCCGCCCUCUUGACCUGUCCAUCUU